AUGGCGCAAAACCGCCACUGGGAGCAAGACAAAGAUGCCACCGUCUACAUCGGAAACAUCGACGAGCGGGCCACGCCCGCCAUGAUUUACGAGAUCAUGGUCCAAAUGGGUCCGAUCCAGAAUGUCCAUAUGCCCCGCGAUCGAGUCACCCAGUCUCAUCAAGGGUUUGGCUUUGUUGAAUUCCGAUCUGCCGAGGAUGCCGACUACGCCGCCAAAUGCAUCAACGGAGUCAAGCUCUACAGCAAGAAUCUCCGUGUCAACAAGGCUUCCGCCGACAAGCAGAAGGCGAACGAGGUCGGCGCCAACCUGUUCGUUGGUAACUUGGACCCCAUGGUCGACGAGAAGAUUCUCUACGACACUUUCAGCAACUUCGGACGUAUUGCCAAUUUGCCCAAGGUCGCUCGCGACGACAACGGUUCGAGCAAGGGCUACGCCUUCCUCAGUUUCGGUGAAUUCGAGAGCGCCGAUGAAGCUAUCAAGAACCUUCACGGCCAGUACAUCCUCUCAAAGGAGGUCUCUGUUCAGUAUGCCUUCAAGAAGGACGGAAAAGGUGAGCGGCACGGUGAUAAAGCUGAGCGUGAACUUGCCUCUCAGGCAAAGGGCCGUGGUAUCGUUCCCGAGACCCAGCCCGUCCCACCCGCAUUUCUCUCUACACCUGCCCCCAAUACCCAGGCUCCCCCUCCUCAUCCUGCUGGCUUUGACCCUUCGUCAAUGGCCCCAGGUGCUGCGCCUAUUCCUGCGCCUUCUCACGUACCCGCCGCUGGAUUCGCACCCCAAGCUGCUCCCCGUGUGCCUCCUCCCUAUGGCCAUCCCAUCCCACCGCCAACCGGCAUCGGUCGUGGAUCAGCUCCCCUCCCCCCAGCCCCUUCAGGACUUCCCGCUCGACCCCCCCAGGGCCAGCCCGGCGGCUUUAACAACCCGGCCGACUUUCAUCCUGGACAUGGCGGCUUCAGGCCCCCCACCGGCUCCCCAGUCCCCCAGGGCUUUCCCGUUGCACCCCCUCCUGGCUUCCCUGGCACUCCUCCUCCUGGAGCAGCUGGAGCGGCUGGUGCGCCAGGCUUAUCACCUGGUGCACCCCCGGGCUUUUCACCUCCCCCAGGGUUUCAAGCACCUCCUCCCGGUUUCUCUCGAAAGUAA